AUGGACGCCGACAUGACAUCCCCAGCUCCUGCAGCCAACCCCGGCACCACCUUCCUCUUUCAAUUCACCUCAAAAUCUCGAUGCGAUGACAAACAUACCUACGCAACAUCAAUUCAAAAUGAGCCCAAAGCACAAGCCACAGCCUUCGCACGAACGAUGUAUUCCCAACCGCCAGACCGCACACUUGCGAUCUGGAUCAACAGCACCAUCAGAGCUGACCUGCGCAACCAACCCUGCGCCAUAGUAGUCGGCUACAACUCACGUACAACUUCCGUCUGGACCGGCCAAGCCACCAUCGCACACUACACCAACGCAAAAGAAGCCACCCUAUCAUCCAUCGGCGAAGCGCUCCGCGUCGCCGCAUCUCCCACGAUAACUGAGCAAAUCGAUCGCGUACUCAUCUUCUCAAAUGCGCAAAGCGUUCUCAAGAGUAUGAAGAUGGGCCACUCAUUCGGUCUAAUCCGUGACAGAUGGCUUGUCGACGACAUACCCCAUCUCAACAAACAACUAGCUGAGAAGAAGGUGGAAGUGGAGUUUCACUGGUUCCCUGCUCUCCCCAGGAUAGAAUCUCAGCAGCGUGUUCGUCGCUGCUCGCAGCGGUUCAAGAAGCUUGCUUUAGCUGAACACCUGCCGGAGUUACUCGACCGCGCCGUCAGUUUUCCGGCGGUGAGACUGGACAGUAUGCUCGCGACCGAGAGCGUGAGAGAGGACUUCGUGCGUGGUUGGUUUCCCGCUGCGUUCAAGGAUGUGCGCGUUGUACCGCGGCGUGAGUUGAGUCGUGACCUGAGAGUUCAGGCCAGGCAGGCUAUUGACCAGAGGAGGAGGGAGAGGAAGGAGAAGAUGAAGGCGAGGAGGGUGAUGGAUGCGGCAGAGAGGGAGAUCAGGCAGAUCGAGAAGGAGACAAGGAGGUUGUUGCGUGAAAAGGGAAUGAAAGCGGAGGAGCAGGAAGUUCUGGAUUUGGCAGAUGACAGCGUGGCGACUACAGACGAGAAUUUAGACAAAUUUGAGGAGCAGGAGAGACAAUGUAUACUCGUGGAGGAUUUUGAGUCUAUGGAGCUGGUUUGA